AUGUGGCACUGCCUCAUCUCUUUGGUUGUCAAACCAACCCCCAACCACCCUGAUAGGGACAGUGAAGGUGAUGAUAACACCUGCGGGAUCGAGCGUGCUGGGGAGCUGAGAAGGACGUGGGCUCUCUCAUGCCUUGUCUCGCUCUUCUCCCCUCCUAAAACCUCCUUCCAAAGGAUGGCAGCUGCCUCUUUCCGCUACGGCAUGACCAUCACCGGGGCCGUGCUGCUGGUGACGGGGACGCUGUGCUUUGCCUGGUGGAGCGACGGGGAUGUGGGCUCCCCGGCUGGCAGCGGGGCUCGCCUCCUGCCUCCCCGGGAAGCCGAGGCGGUUCCCAGCUCUUCCUCCAGCGCCCUGCUCCGCUCCAUCAGCUUCUUCUGCUGCGGCAUCGGCGGCAUCCUCCUCCUCUUCGGGCUCCUCUGGUCCGUGAAAGCCAACGCCAGGGUGGUCUCCCGCCGCUACCAGUACCAUUUCCCCAGGGACCUGCAGUACUUCGCCGCGGAGCCUCUGGAGAAGUGGAACUGCAGCGCCUGGGAUGCCAGCGCCAUCCCCACCUACGAAGAAGCCCUGACCUGCAGACCUGCCCACGGCGCCCCAGCCUACGUCCAUGCCCCGGGGAGGAAGGAGGAGCUCACGCCGCCCCUGUACCGCUACCUGGAGGAGGACGAGAGCUGGCAGGGCGGCCGCCGACGCAGCUUCGACAGCGCCUUGUUCCGCCCCAGCCCCUCCUGGCUGGAGACGCAGCACCCUGGGGAGCCACAGGCAACGCCUCCCCCCAGCUACGAAAACAUCAGCGUCCGUGGCGUCUGAGCUGGCGGCGGCACGGGCUGGGACUCUGCGGGUGGCUGCCCAGUCCCUCAGCUUUAA